AUGUGGAUCCUUCGUAACCUGCUGUUCACCAUCUGCAUUGCUCUGAGGUGUGUGAUCAGUGCAGUAGGGGUGAUCCAUGUGCCUGGAUAUGUGGGGAGUAUGGUUAACAUUUCCUGUUCCUAUGAUAAGGGUUACGAGUCUUAUGAGAAGUACCUUUGUAAGAAUGACUGUGGUGACAGUGAUGUUCUUAUUACAACAUUGGAAUCAUGGAAAAAUAAAUACAGGAUCCAUGAUGACAAAACAGCACGAAUCUUCACAACGACCAUCUCUGAUCUUCAUUCUGCCGAUGCUGGAAAAUACUGGUGUGGAGUGACCAGAACUGGAAAAGAUAUCUACACUGAAGUCAAGCUUAAAUUAGUACCAGACAGCUGCUGUGACACUGUGACCAAAGUUCAAAGUUAUGAGGGAUACUCUGAGUCUGUCAGUUGUCCGUAUGAGUCUCAGUAUCAGAACAGCUUGAAGUACAUCUGCAGAGGAAACCAGCCCUCCACAUGUCUGCAGCAGGCACUGAUCACCUCUGACACCAAACAAAAUGCACGAUUCACACUUGAUGAUGACAAAGUGUCAGGAACAUUCACAGUAAACAUUAACAGCUUGGUCAAAAGUGAUUCAGGGUCAUACCUCUGUGGUGUCCAAAGAAACUCGGACCUGGAUGUUUUCUCUGCUGUUGAGCUGGAAGUCAAAGAGUGGUGCUGUGUCAAGUCAACUCAAAUAAAUGGUACUGUAGGACAUCCACUAAUUUUUCAGUGUCUCUAUCCUCCACAACAUCGGGAUAACAGGAAGUUUCUCUGUAAGGGAGACCAUCGCAACAAAUGCACAGACAUGGUGACGAGUCAAAGUAGAUUUGCAAUAGAAGAUAAUGGUUCUUCCAGCUCUUUCUCAGUGACGAUCACAAAGAUACAAGCAGAUGAUACUGGGACAUACUGGUGUGGGUCAGACUCUCAGUGGAGCCAUGGAAACUACACCAGGAUUCAGCUUUCAGUCGUCUUUCAGCAGCACACUGGCAAUGGAGCUUCCACAGUGGAAACACCAGCACAAAUUUCAGAUGCAGGACAAUAUGUGGUUUACGCUGUGCCCGCCCUGCUGCUGGUACUUAUAUGUGUCCUUGUGCUUAUAGUUUAUAAGUGCAAACGUCAGAAAAUAAAAGGUAAUGAAGCUGUCGUGAACAGAAAUACAUCAAAGACAGGAGGUUUAGAGGAAGUAAUUGGUGCAGCAGAAAAUGGCAUUUAUGGAAACGAUGAAGUUGUGAGGUAUUCAGAGAAGCAGACCUCCAAGAGUGCCUGUAACGACUAUCAUGAUGCAGGUGAAGAUGAACCAGACUAUGAAAACUGCACACAAUCUGAAGAAAUCUACUGUAAUGAAGAUUUCCAUAAAGCCAAUAGAAGAUGAGAUUAAUUACAUCUGUGCGUACAUUCAAAAACAGAUUCAAAGUGUUUUGUUCACCAGGGCUUGCACUUAAUAAAUGUUCCUUUGUUUUUCAUUCUUUUGCUGUUUUCACUGCCUUAGCACACUAAACCUGUUCAGGUUAAGGUAUUGCUUGCUGUUGACAGCAUGAUGCGGACUGUGCUUCUGAAACUGUGAGAAACCAACCAAAAAUUAAAUGUAAUCAUUGCUUUUUUCAUUUUAUGAUACUUUUUUUUCCCCAUUGGUUUCAAUUGAAGAUUUCUGACACAAGCAGUUACUGGAUUCAAUUUUGCAGACAAAAGUAAACAUUAUUCAUCAACAUGUGUCACGUAACCAUCUAAUAGCAGCACAAAUGUGGCAGGUUUCCCCCGUGGAGUGCUUCUAUUAACCGACGUAUAUUUUUGGUAAUGCUUGGUUUAAAUUUGGUAGUACAACCACAGUACUAAGUGAGAUAACCGCAGUAUUGUAUUGCUUAAAUUUAUGAUGAUGUAUUUAUAUAUUUUUUGUUUUUCUUAUUCUUCUAUGUAGGAAACUUUUUUUCUCACUUCUAGAGAGUUUGGUGCCACUUGAAUGAAACCUUCAACUUUAAUUUUCUUCUGAGGAGAUUAAAAAAAACUCAACUUCCAUCAAAAAGUCUCACUUUCAUUGUCACUGGUUAGCGUGUCACAGUGACCCUGUGGUUACAGCACCAGUAAUUUUACUGCAGUAUUUUACAAGAGUGCAGUUUGCAUCACUUGUUAAUAGGUAUAAAGAUUGGAUACAGGUGUGUUUCUUGCAAAACUUUAAUUCUUGCCUUUCAUUUUAUUGUAAUUUUUAAAAAUAAGUGCUAUAUUUAAUAUUAUAACUUCUUUUACUUUUCACUAAUGAUGUGGCACCAAAUAAUUGGUUAUGGGCAUAAAGUGAACAAUUAUGACGGUAUUUGAAAUGAUUAGAUUUGCUUUUCCAGGGGACCAUUUUGGACUUUCCAGACAGACAGAAAUAAAGACGACAGAAAAACA